AUGAAAGCUGUGCUCCAGCGCGUGAAGCAGGCCUCCGUGCAUGUGCAGGGGCAGCCUGUGUCGACCAUAGGCCCGGGCAUUCUGGCCCUAAUUGGUGUGUGCCAGGACGAUACGCCCGAGCAUAUGGAUCUUCUCACGAAGAAAAUUCUCCAACUCAAGCUGUGGCCUGAAGGUGCGCGCGUCGUGGACGGGGUCCUGGCGCCUGGUGAUGAGCAUGCACGCGCUUGGCGCUCGAAUGUGAUGGAGCUGGGUGGUGACGUCCUGUGCGUAUCGCAGUUUACACUGCAUGCCCGCACAAGCAAAGGAACGCGCCCCGACUUCCAUCUGGCGAUGGCUGGCGACCAGGCCAGGCCGUUUUAUGAUGCAUUUCUCGAGAAAAUGCGUGCAGCCUAUGCACCACAUAGGAUCCACAAUGGCGCGUUUGGUGCGAUGAUGGACGUGUCCCUAAUCAACGAUGGGCCUGUGACCAUUACUAUGGAUACAUUUGAGAAAAAGUAA